CGUCCGCGAUCCGAGCGCUCUAAGAUGGCGGCGGUGGAGCCGGAAACCACUCCCAACCCCCAACCUGCAGAAGAGGAGAAAACUGAGCCAGCACCUAGUCAGGAGGUUGCCAGCCCUGAACAGUAUAUCAAACAUCCACUACAAAACAGAUGGGCACUCUGGUUUUUUAAAAAUGAUAAGAGCAAAACUUGGCAAGCAAAUCUUCGUCUUAUCUCAAAGUUCGAUACUGUUGAAGAUUUUUGGGCUUUAUACAACCAUAUCCAGCUCUCUAGUAAUUUAAUGCCUGGUUGCGACUACUCGCUCUUUAAGGAUGGGAUUGAGCCCAUGUGGGAAGAUGAAAAAAACAAGCGAGGAGGCCGAUGGCUAAUCACACUAAACAAGCAGCAGAGACGAAGUGACCUUGAUCGCUUCUGGCUAGAGACACUGCUGUGCCUUAUUGGGGAGUCAUUUGAUGACUACAGUGAUGAUGUGUGCGGUGCUGUUGUUAAUGUUAGAACUAAGGGUGAUAAAAUCGCAAUAUGGACAACUGAAUGUGAAAACAAGGAUGCUGUUACGCAUAUAGGGAGAGUAUACAAGGAAAGAUUAGGACUUCCUCCAAAGAUAGUCAUUGGUUAUCAGUCCCAUGCAGACACAGCUACUAAGAGCGGCUCCACCACUAAAAAUAGGUUUGUUGUUUAAGACGACACCUUCUGAGUAUUCUUUCAUAGGAGACUGCGUCAAGCAAUCGAGAUUGGGAGCUGAACCAAAGCCUCUUCAAAAGCAGAGUGGACUACAUUUAAAUUAGAUUUCCAUCUAAAUGUUGCUAAGAUUUGUGAGAAGUCUCAUUUGCCUUUGUCUUGUACUUCUAUGUUCAAUUUUUCUAUUUUGGCUGAAGUAACCGUUACCAAUUCGAAUUUUAGUACACUUCGCCCCCCCAAAUCCAUAAGUGUGUUUCUGGCCCACUCUAUAAUAGCUUGGUAGAAACAUUACUAUUGCAAAACAUAAUUUGUUUAUCCAAAGUAUUCAGAAAAGUUGCAUUUCUGUACCUGCAGGAAAUUACUCUGUUUUACAUUUGCAUUGUAUGCAGUAAGAUUUUGCUGGUUUGGAAAGAGUAUGGUGCAUACAGUUUUCUAGCAAUUUUUUUAUACAGCAUCAUCUUUGCUGUAACCUCUGCUGAUGGCUGCUAGAUUAAUUUAUUUGUUUUCCCUAUUUGAUAACAUUAGUGGUAUUUUGAUUUCAGUUGUUUUUGCUCAUGUAACAUUUGGUGAAGAAUCUGGGAAUAUGACAAAGGUGGAAUAAACGUUAAUUUUGUGCAUUCUUUGGUAAUUUUUUGGUUUUUUUGUAACAUCAAAGCUUUGCUACAGAUUUAUGCAUUUCAGUCAAAUCAGUGAUCUUUUUGUGUGAUUUCCUGAACAUAAAUGUGGAGGUUUUUUUUAAAUGUAACACCGUAAUUUACAUUCCUUACUAGAAAUAGUAUGUCUGUUUUUUGUAUCUUAUGCUGUAUUUUAACACUUUGUAUUACUUAGGUUAUUUUGCUUUGGUUAAAAUGGCUCAAGUAGAAAAGCGGUCCCAUUCAUACUAAGACAGUGUACAAAACUGUAAAUAAAAUGUGUACAGUGAAUUGUCUUUUAGACAACUAGAUUUGUCCUUUUAUUUCUCCAUCUAUACAGCAAGUAUUUGUACCUCUUUGUGACAAGGCAGUCUCUACUGUGGCUUGUAUUGUAGUGUCUUCCAAGAAAGAUAAAGUCUGGAGCUAUAGUCUGAAACUGUUAAUAAACCUAUUAGAUAGCACCCUAAAUCAAAGUGGAA